UUUAGGUUAAUGAUUAUUCCUUUAACAACACGUGUUACUGCUCGGCCACGCUAGCCGACAGUAAAUAUCGAGUUUAAUGCUUUUAAUUUUAUGCAAAACGACUGUUUGUCUCAACAUUGAACGACCCCACUGGAUCCGCCGCCGCUGCCAUAGUCACCAAGUAACAAACUACCUGGACGGAUCAUGAGCCAGAUUGUUUUUCAUUGUGUUUGUUUUCUGUAGAUUUGAACUAAAACUGAUUCAAUAAAUAAUACUGAAGGAUGGAGAAUAAAAACACGCGGCCCAUUUUCCCUUGAGACUAUAACUGUGGGAGCACCACAGCAACAAUGCAGUGACCUGCUAUGUUGUAUCGCCCUGAGGCGAGGUACAAAGAGAGGUUGCAGACCAAGUAUCUGAAAGCCCCAACAAGCAAGACUUCCUCAGUCGGCAGUUUUGUAAACGUGAGCCUCGAUGACUUCAGUGAUUGCUCGUCAUUCUUAUCAGGGGCCCAGGGAGGUGUCUCACCGGUUAUUUUCCAUGGCACUCCAAACCACGACUCCAGACAAAAGCCUAGAAAGUGCAUCUCUAAGGAGCACGCUUGCUUCUCAAAGCAGAUGACCCAAAAGCAGAUUCGCAGAGAAUAUGUGGCUGCUGUGGAGGAAAGACUCAAACAGCAUCCUCUCGCUAUGUUCCCACACUAUAAAGCUCACAUGAAACCAGAGUUAUUUGAUAAGGUGGUAUCCGUGUUGGACCCCGAAAUGUGCGGAUACAGUGCCUCUGCACUCCCUACUCCUACAGGAAACCAUGCGGAGGAGGUAGAUGAGAAAAACUGUACAGAGCCAAGUAAGAAAGAAGUGGAAAGAGCAAAACAUGGAACGUCUGCCAAUAAAAUGCAAGUACACUUGCAAUUUGAUGAUUAAUAGUAUUAAUAUAAUCUAAAUUUGAUCCAUUGUUCACUUAACCUGAUUGUGGAAAAUAAACAAGCAAUUCCUUUGUUGAAAUAAAAGCUGAAAUUCUAA